CUUUCUUCUUCUUCCUCAGACCAGCUAGGACAUUGUCUUAGCCAAGAGCACGAAGCUUGAUCGGGUAGUGGAUAGCACGUACUCCGAGCUAGCUACACCUCAAGCUCGAAGAGCAUGGUCCGCAUUGCGCCGCUCCUGCUGGUGGCGCUGCUCUCUCUAGCCGUGCAGCUCGCGCCGUCCGCAGCCUGCCCAUCCUGCCCCAAGCCAAAGCCUCCCCCGCCGCCGCCGCGUAAGGUCAAGCCCUCCGUGCCCUGCCCUCCUCCGCCGCACUCUCCUACACCCAAGCCCUCGCCGCCGCACACUCCUACGCCCAAGCCCUCGCCACCGCACACUCCUACGCCCAAGCCGUCGCCACCGCACACUCCUAGUCCUACGCCCAAGCCCUCGCCGCCGCACACACCGCCGUACACCCCAACUCCGGUUAAGCCGCCGCCAGUCACUCCUACCCCAACCCCAACUCCGGUUAAGCCGCCGCCAGUCACUCCUACCCCUACCCCAACUCCGGUUAAGCCGCCCCCAGUCACUCCUACCCCUACCCCUACCCCAACUCCGGUUAAGCCGCCGCCAGUUACUCCUACUCCUACGCCAAGUCCGGUGAAGCCGCCGCCUGCUGGAACUCCACCAUCUCCUGUCAGCCCGUCGCCGCCACCAUCUUCGCCUCCAGGCAAGUGCCCGGUGGACACACUGAAGCUGCUGGGGUGCGUGGAUGCCCUCAACGGGCUUGUGCACGCGGUGAUCGGCAGCAGCGCCAGCGAUAAGUGCUGCCCUUUGUUGUCCGGCGUGACCGGCCUCGACGCAGCGCUCUGCCUAUGCACCACAAUCGAGCUCAAGGCACUCAACAUCAACCUCGUGCUGCCAAUCGCCAUCCAGGUGCUCGUCAACCAAUGCGGCAAGACGGUGCCCAGCGACUUCCAGUGCCCUGCGCCAACGCCUGCCACUCCGCCGCCGACACCAGCAGUGCCGCCAUCACCUGUCCCACCAUCGCCGUCUCCACCAACCCCUGUCACUCCAUCGCCGACGCCACCAUCCCCAGCUCCGGUCUCGCCGCCGUCCCCUGUGGUCCCGGCCCCAGUCCCAGCGACACCACCGCCAUCGCCGUCGACGGGCAAGUGCCCUAUCGACACGCUGAAGCUGCUGGGGUGCGUGGAUGCCCUCAACGGGCUUGUGCACGCGGUGAUCGGCAGCAGCGCCAGCGAUACCUGCUGCCCUUUGUUGUCCGGCGUGACCGGCCUCGACGCAGCGCUCUGCCUAUGCACCACAAUCGAGCUCAAGGCACUCAACAUCAACCUCGUGCUACCAAUCGCCAUCCAGGUGCUCGUCAACCAAUGCGGCAAGACGGUGCCCGGCGACUUCAAGUGCCCUUCGCCAACGCCUGCCACUCCGCCGCCGACACCGGCAGUGCCGCCGUCACCUGUCCCACCAUCGCCGACGCCACCAACCCCUGUCACUCCAUCGCCGACGCCACCAUCCCCUGUCACUCCAUCGCCAGCUCCAGUUAAGCCGCCGUCCCCAGUCCCAGCGACACCACCGCCAUCGCCGUCGACGGGCCAGUGCCCCAUCGAUACGCUGAAACUGUUGGGGUGCGUGGACGCGCUCAACGGGCUGGUGCACGCGGUGAUCGGCAGCAGCGCUAGCGACAGCUGCUGCCCGCUGUUAUCCGGCGUGGCUGACCUCGACGCCGCGCUCUGCCUCUGCACCACCAUCAAGCUCAAGGCGCUCAACAUCAACCUCGUGCUGCCCAUCGCCAUCGAUCUGCUGGUCAACCAGUGCGGCAAGACGGUGCCCAAGGACUUCCAGUGCCCUAGUUAAGCUCCAACGAGUAGAAUAUCAACUAUCAGUACCACCCGUAUCUGCAUGCGAUGCAUGGAUCGCUUAAAUUCUCUUGUGUGGUCACGUAUGUAGUGAUCUUUAUGUACGAGCAUGUGCAGCCCUGACGUACUACCUACUUGUGAUGUGGAGCUGUAGAACAUGCUUGGAUUUUGUGUAAUUGUGUAUCAAAUAAUAACCGUGUAGCGCGUUGUGGAUUUCAAUCGGUUUGUAGCGUCUUCUUAAAAACAAUUAUGAAUCGAAUGUGUUGUAAUUUGAA